UGACAUGAAAACAUUGUUGUUGCUGCUGGAGGCUGCGGAGGCAGGCAGGGUGGACUGGGUCUGAAGCUCCAGCGGUGUCCGUCGAAGUGAACACUGUACAUUUAUUUUGUUGUUUUUGACUUUGAGGAGAAGCUGCUGGUCGCGCGGGAAGCGGUCAUGUCGGUGAACAUGGACGAGCUGAGACACCAAGUCAUGAUCAACCAGUUUGUUUUGACGGCUGGCUGCGCCGCGGAUCAGGCGAAGCAGCUCCUACAAGCGGCCCACUGGCAGUUUGAGACGGCCUUAAGCUCCUUCUUCCAGGAGGCCAACAUCCCCAGUCACCACCACCAGAUGAUGUGCACCCCCAGAAACACUCCCGCCACGCCGCCGAACUUCCCAGAGGCCAUGACCAUGUUCUCCAAGCUUCGGGCGUCCGAGUGCGGCUCCGGCACCGGCCCCUCCCAGGUGUCCAUGGCCUGCUCGCCCCCGGCGCCCUCCUCCACGUCGGGUUUCGGCUCCUUCUGGGCCUCCUCGCCGCCCAGCCACCAGCCGGCCUGGCUGCCCCCGUCGUCGCCCACCGGCCACCACAUGCACCACCACCACUACCACCACCACCACCACAUGCAACAGACUCCCAUGUGGCCCCCCGUCUCUCAGCCCAGCGGCUCCCAGCAGCCCCCCGUCGUUUCAGCGCUCCACGGCCAGAGAUGAAGGCGAGAGCGGCGGGGCGCGUGGGAGUGGGGGGUGGGGGCGCUUGGUUCAAGUGCAGCCACGUGAUUCUGUUUCAGCAGCAGGAGGGUGGGGGGUUGGGAGGUGUGGGACGAGAGGAGACAAAGACGCUGCUGUUUCCCUCUCUUGUUUUUCUAAAGCGAAGGCGAGCGGUUUUGGCUCUGCUCUUCCUCAUCAUCCAGCCGAGGAGGCUCGACAUGAGAAACUUCGCUCGGUCUCUGAGCUCCAAAAAAAACUUCUUUUCAUCGCCAGCGCCGGCACGCCCGGGGCCCGACAGAGUCCCCGCUGAGGACAGGAGCCGCCUGAGCAUUGUUUUUAUUUUAGAAACUCCUCUUUCACAGGCCUCAGAAACAAUCAGACAGGAAGUCAGGAACGACGACCAGCAGAUAAACGAAGGAGCGGCGCUCAGAUCCCGAGAGGUCGAGGAUUUAAAGGCCCUCAGAAAAUGUGUUUUUGUAUGUUGGUGCGGGACGGCGUUUGUGUCCAGUGUGGAGACGAUUAUAUAGACGUGUGUUAACGUGGAGUUUCACUCACGGCCACUGAAACUGAAUCGGAGAUGCUGCAGCUGUGUGACGAUGAUGUCAUCACGCACCUGAGCGUCAGAAACACCUGGUGAGAUGAGUUGUGAAGGUUUUUCCAGUCUGCCGCUCCGUAAAGACAGAUUUCCAUCAGUUUGUGGUCCUCUGCCGCCGUUUGCUGAACCAAACAAAGACGGUAAAUAACGAUGACGCGUGUCAGCGCUCAGUUUGUACGACGUCACACAAAGUUAAGAAGUUCAUUUUCAGUUUGAUAGAGAGCCAAAGUCAUGACGUCACUUCCUGUGUUGCCACUAGAGCUGCAACAAUUAAUCAAAUAAUCGAUUAGUUGGACUUUGAUCAACAUUUUUCUGACAUUUUAUAGACCAAACAUCUAAUCGAUUAAUCAGGAAUUUUAGCUGCAGUCCUAACUCAGUACAAUCUCGAGCUAAAAAUACUCUGAAUAAACAACCACGUUAAAUAAUUUCUUUAUUUGUUACUAAAACGUUUGAAGUGACCCACAGGGCACGCUGUUAUUUUGAAUUUAUUGACAUUACGUUGUAGUAUUUUAUAUGUCCUGACGUAUAAAAAGGGGCGCUGACAGCUGUCGUUUCUGACCUCCUGGAGAGAAAAAAAAACACACUUUGCAAUUUGCAAUGUGUGUUUUGAGGAUUCUGGACAAACCUCCACAACAGUGGGAAGCGUCGCCCUCGGUGUGACUUUAAAUUCACGAGAGGGUCGAACUGGGCUCGACUGGUGAACGAAGAAAAAAGAAUUGUAAAGUAAAAAUCUGAGGGAUGACUUUGGUUGAACGGAAAAGUUUUGCAAUAACUAAGAUUAUUUGAAGAGCUGGGACAUUUAAAACGUCGGCGACUUGUUGUCUGCUGACUCAGCAGGAGCAUAGUUUUAUUUUAUUUUUUUUCUGUUCUUUCGUGAUUGCUGCCGUGAGUCCAGGCAGAAACCUCACGGAUUGAUUUCCUGUUUUGAUAGCGAGUGGCAGUUCUGUAAAUAAAAACCUCAGCCAACAGAUUUCAGUUGCUCCGAUGAGAUGCACAUUAAUCUGAUUUAAGGAAUAUUUUGACGCAGAUGGGCGGCGCUGUGGCGGGGGGGGGGGGGGGUUACUCAGUGAUUUUCCACACAACCUUUCAGACGCUCAACCACUCCUACCUCUGUCUGUCUGAAUGGGAGAGGCCCCACAUGUGCUCUGAAUGUAUUCACAGGCAGGAUCAGACGGUUCGAACAAGUGCAAACUGCUGGGGGAGAAUUUGCAGCGGAGCUCGAUUGGAAUCUGUGUGUUUUUUGUUUUGAUCUCAAUUCAGCCCCAGAUGAUCGUUUGGACGCCACGUACAUCACAAACACGCACGCAAGUAAAGUCACCAGUAGAUUAGUCUUGAGUUUCAAAAGUGGGAAAACAAAAAGCCACCUUCACGUCACGCGGGAGAGGAGGCCGACGGGAUGCAGAAAGAAAGGAAACACUUUUUUAUUAACACAGAUUUUGUUCUUCACAGAUUCACACAGACAAUCAACCAUUUCCUCUGUUUCUGUGUGAUCCCCCCCUGUUUUUUAUUGUGCAGCCGUUUUAUUCUCACACCUGCUCACUUUUAGCGCAGGUGUGACCACAGUCUUGUCGCGGGGAGGCGGGGCUUCACUAUCACUAGAGCUGUUAUUUCUUCACCUUCGAUGAAAACAGUCCAAAAUCCAAUUAACAACCUGAUGCAAGAUUAUGUUUUAACAGACAUGAGUCGAAUCGUCUGUGACGUAAAGGAAAAAUCCACCCCGACUGCGGUUUUACAUCCCUGAGCUCGUUUGUUCUGUUAAUCUUUCACAUUCUCGUUGACGCUGUCUACAUUUGUGAUUUGGUGUCACCAGAGGCAGAAUAUUAUGACUAAAUGGCCCCACAGUCGUCAUACAGACAUGUUUACUUUACCCCUCUGAGUAAUACUAAUAAUAGUAAGUGUUCAAUAAUGUGUAAACUUUACACUUUUACAUAUUUGUUGUAGGCAGAAUUUAUUUUAGUUUUAGUUUACAGACGCUAUUGAAGCUUCCUGUAGUCAUUGAUCCAUCAGAGAGAGGCGAUGCAGUUUAAGUGAUGACUGAUUUGAGAAGUCUAGACCGCCUCAAAACCUCGAAGGCUGCAGCCAGCGAUUUGGUUUCAUUAUCAAAUAAUCUGCCUGUUUCUUGGUUCAUCUGAUAACCGCGUGUUCUGUUAAACAUCUCGUUCUCGCCGUGCCGUCAAAAUUUGUCGGUUUUCUUUUUUCAACCAACUGACAAAUAUUGUUUACUACCAUGUAAGACAAGGAAAGUGGCAAAUUCUCACGAAUCCAUCAAAUGUUUGACACACAAAUGACUUUAUAUUGUGGAUAAAUAAACUAUUAAAGUCA